CGGCAAACCGGGCGAAACUAUUCCCUUAUGAGAAGGAGGGGGUGGGGGUAGGUAGUAAACGUGUCCCGCGUUAUAAGUCGUCGUCCCCUCUUCUAGCCCCGACAUAGACGUUUCCAUAACGAUUGCGCGGCUCGUAGCGCACACACCGCCGCCACCUGCAGCCAGGCUCCGCCCACCGCGCGCCGCCUCCUCAUGAAUAUGAAUGACGCAGCGCCCUCGCUAGUGGAUAGCCGGGCUGUCAGUCAGUCAGCUUCACUGUGGGUUAGCCGGGGCUGGGAGAGCACAGCGGAGAGUGGUGAUGAGAGGAGUUGGCCGGGGAGCUGCUGCCCUGACAUCCAGCCCAUGUUAUCUGCGCUGCUAGCCGCCUGAUGCCUUCACUCCAUGGCUGCUCGCCUGCCGCUGCCUCCCGUGCCCUCCUGUCAUUCCCGGCGGCGGCUGUGAGCUCGCUGGCCAUGCCGGGGACUUCGGGGAGGAGGAGGACUAGAGGCAGCCGCCACCUGACAGCGGUGGGAUUCAUCCUGCUAACUUUAUGGGUUCAGGCUUCCCAGUCCACGGGUUAUUUCGAGCUGCAGCUGAACUCGCUGAAGAAUGUCAACGGAGAAUUGUUGAACGGGGAAUGCUGCGACGGUCUGAAGAGCUCCCACAACCAGGACUGCAGCAAGGAUGAGUGUGACACCUAUCUCAGAGUGUGCCUCAAGGAGUUUCAGGCCAAGAUCACCCCCACUGGGCCGUGUAACUAUGGCUCUGGACAUACUUCGGUGCUCGGAGGAAAUACUAUAUAUAUGGACAAAAAGUUCAGUCUACUGGCUAAAAUCGCCCCCGCAGAGAAUGGCAGGAUUGUUAUCCCUUUUCAAUUUGCAUGGCCGAGAUCUUUCACCUUAAUUUUGGAGGCUUAUGACUGGGAUAAUGACACGAAAGCUGACGAGUCUCUUCUUAUUGAUCGAAUUCCUUAUGCUGGAGUCAUCAACCCGGACGACCAGUGGACACCCUUGGUUUUAAAUGGCCAUGUUGCCCACUUUGAUGUUAAAAUUAGAGUCAAAUGUGACGAAAAUUACUAUGGAGUUAUGUGUAACAAGCUGUGCCGCCCCAGGGAUGAUUUUGUUGGCCAUUACACCUGUGACCACAAUGGAAAUAAAGCCUGUAUGGAAGGCUGGAUGGGGGAGGAAUGUAAGCAAGCAAUAUGCAAGCAGGGAUGUGACUUACUCCAUGGUGGAUGUUCUGUUCCUGGAGAAUGCAAAUGCCACUAUGGCUGGCAGGGAGACUAUUGCAACAAAUGUCUUUCAUACCCUGGCUGUCUCCAUGGGAGUUGCCGCUUGCCAUGGGAGUGUAACUGCGAGACCAACUGGGGUGGACUUCUUUGUGAUAAAGAUCUAAACUAUUGUGGAACUCAUCAUCCGUGUCUAAAUGGGGGAACCUGCAUGAACACUGAGCCUGACAAAUAUCACUGUGCCUGUGCUGAUGGCUACUCUGGGAAGAACUGUGAAAUAGCUGAACACGCCUGUGCUUCCAACCCAUGUGCAAAUGAUGGUGUCUGUCAUGAAGUCUCCACUGGUUUCGAGUGUCAUUGUCCCCCAGGAUGGACUGGUCCAACCUGUGCAAUUGACAUUGAUGAAUGUGCAUCUAACCCUUGUGCGAGUGGAGGAAUCUGUAAAAACCUUAUUAAUGGCUUCGAGUGCAUUUGUCCUCCACAGUGGGUUGGGACCACCUGUCAACUGGAUGCUAAUGAGUGUGAGGGAAAUCCCUGUGUUAAUGCUUAUUCUUGCAGAGAUCUCAUUGGUGGAUAUUACUGUGACUGCAUUCCAGGAUGGACAGGAAAAAACUGUCACAUCAAUGUUAAUGACUGCCGUGGUCAGUGCCAGAAUGGAGGCAUUUGCAAGGAUAAGAUCAAUGGAUAUCGUUGUUUCUGUCCUCGUGGAUUUAUUGGCAAGAACUGCGAGAUAGAAGUGAACGAGUGUGCAAGCAAUCCUUGUCUAAAUGGAGGCGUCUGUGAUGACCUGGUCAAUGGUUUCCACUGCCGUUGUCUCCCAGGCUUUGCUGGUACCACGUGUGAGGUGGACAUUGAUUUCUGUGACCCCAAUCCUUGUCAGAACAAAGCUCCCUGCUACAAUGUUGGAGGCGAUUAUUACUGCGCGUGCUCAGACGAUUACGACGGCAAGAACUGUUCUCAUCUUAAAGACCACUGCAAAAAUGGCUUGUGUAAAGUCAUAGACAGCUGUACAAUAGCGAUUUCUACUAAUGCCACCCAGGAAGAUAUCCGUUACAUCUCCUCUAAUGUCUGCGGGCCUCACGGACGUUGCAUUAGUCUGCCUGGUGGGAAUUUCACCUGUUCCUGCAAUCGAGGCUUCACUGGUGCCUAUUGCCAUGAAAAUAUAAAUGACUGUCAUGGAAAUCCAUGUAGAAAUGGAGGCACAUGCACCGAUGAAAUAGACUCCUUUAAAUGCUUUUGUCCAAGUGGCUGGGGAGGAGAAUUAUGUGACAUCAACUACAAUGAUUGCAAUCCAAAUCCUUGCCAGAAUGGCGGUCGCUGCAUAGAUCUGGUGAACGAGUUUGUUUGCCAGUGUGAAAAUGGAUGGAAAGGCAAAACCUGUCACUCACGUGAAUAUCAAUGUGACGCUAACACCUGUAGUAAUGGGGGGACGUGUUAUGAUACAGGAGACACUUUUCGCUGCCUCUGCCCCUCUGGAUGGGAAGGAACCACUUGUAAUAUUGUGUGCAGGAAGAGCCGUUUGGCAAUUGCUGCAAAGAACAGCAGCUGUCUCCUCAACCCCUGUGCUAAUGGAGGGACGUGCGUGGGCAAUGGAGAUUCCUUCUCUUGCAUGUGUAAAGAGGGAUGGGAGGGACGUACCUGCACACAGAAUACAAAUGACUGCAACCCAUAUCCUUGUUACAAUGGUGGCAUCUGUGUUGAUGGCGUGAACUGGUUUCGAUGUGAAUGUGCGCCUGGAUUUGCUGGACCGGACUGCAGAAUAAACAUCGAUGAAUGCCAGUCUUCUCCUUGUGCGUACGGUGCCACUUGUAUAGAUGAAAUCAAUGGCUACAGGUGCACCUGCCCUUCAGGACGAGCCGGGCCACGUUGCCAGGAAGUGAUUGGCUUUGGAAGAUCUUGUUGGCUGAAAGGAAUGCAGUACCCACAUGGAAGCAAAUGGGAUGAAGAAUGUAAUAGCUGUCACUGUCUGGAUGGAGUGAUUGACUGUACUAAGGUUUGGUGUGGCAAAAAGCCAUGUCUACUGGAAAACCGCCACAAUAAGAACCAGUGUCCUAAAGAUCAGGAAUGUGAGCCAACAGUCUCUUCUGUAAAGUGCUUCCAACCACCAUGCCAUGAAUGGGGAGAGUGCAGUGCCCCCGACAGAUCUCAUAUGAUUAAAUGCCUACCAAAUUCAGGAUACCUGGAUAACAACUGUGCCCGGAUAACAUUAAUAUUCAGCCCAGAAAAAAUUCCACAGGGAACCACAGUUGAAAAGAUCUGCUCGGAGAUCCGGUAUUUGCCUUCCAUCAGGACUGUACCCAAAGAUCAACCCCUUGUCAUCUUGUGUGACGAAACAUACUCUGCAGAAAAAGCAGUGGAGGUUACAGUGGCACUCGUCUCACAAGUGGACAAUCAAGACGCCAAUCUCAUUCAGAAUGCCGCCAACACAAUUGUCAAUGCCAUCACCAAAAGACAGAACAGUACGCUCAUGUUAGCAGUCACAGAAGUCAAAGUUGAGACAGCAGUAGUAGAUGGCUCCAGAUCAGAUUACCUUGUCCCAGUACUCUGCGUUGUUUUUGGCAUUGUCUGGGUGACAUGUAUAAUCAUAUGUGUCUGGUGGAUGCGAAAAAGAAGAAAAGAGCGAGAAAGAAGGCGAGAGGCUCGCCAAGAAGAAGAAGCAAAUAACCAGCGCCAACCUUUAAAUCCAAUAUGGAACCCAAUAGGGGUGCCUUAUAGAGACAUUCAGUAUGAAUGCAAAAAUCUCCUUCAUAUUCAAAAAAGAACUUCUGGUGCAGAAGAAGGUAUAAAGGAGGACAUGGUAGAUAAAGAGGAGGACACUGAGGAGGAGGAUUGCCUACCACACUCGUACACAAAGGCUUACACGAGCAUAGGGGAUAGUGACUGCUCAAAAAGUAAACCACAUCGGACAAGUCUUGACAAAGUGGACAACAGAUGUGUUAAAACUGUGAAUGCACCCCACUGAAGGAAGCAAAGCCGUAUUUGUAUACAUGGAAAGGACAGUGUUCCUAUGCUGAGAAUGGGACAAGGAGACACACAGAAUUCAUCUCCAAUCAAAUGGCCCUUCCACCAUUUGUUGGCGUCAUGGGCAUGUUCCUCGGCAAGAAUUGCCAGGUGUUUUUUUUUUUUUUUUUUGUUUGUUUGUUUUUCUUCUCCCCUUCUCCCCCCUUCUCUGGACGAGUGGUUCAGGACUAAAGUCUGGACUCCCAAUUUCUUUAUAAUGUACAAGAUGUUACCAGUUUUUUUUCUAUUUGUUGCUGUAGUCUUUCUAUAAAUUAUUUGUGACUAUAUAAAAAAAGGCAAAAAAAAGAAAAGUUCUUUGAUAGUUGCUAUUUUUAUAAAGUUUGCUUUACGUCCUCUUAAGUUGAGAGGAGACAAAAGGUUCUCUGUAUUUUUGUUAUAUCAUGUCCGAUUUCUUAUGCAAAGACUGUACAGUUGUUUACAAGAUGUAUUUUUGUUUUAUUAAGGUUUAUAAUUUAAUGACUGUCCAACCCCCAAGGUUAAGGAAAAGAAGUGACUUAAACUUUUUCUUCUUAUACCAAACCCUCUUUCCCUUUUGUCUGUCGAGUUUUUUUUUUUUUUUUUUUGCAAUGUCUCUUAGACAACACGGUAAAAAAAAAAAAUUCUGUGCCUAGCUCUUACAUAGGUCUCCAUUAUAUUUGCCUCCGGCAUUGGUCCUGACAAACUUUUUUUUUUUUUUGCCUUAAGUCUUUUAACAGGCACAGCAUUAAUGCAACACAGCGAUCUAUGACGUAAAGGGAUUAUCCAGGAAUGGAAAAACGGCUGAUUUCUUCCAAAUACAGCACCAUGCCUGUCUUCAGGCUGUGUGUGGUAUUGCAGCUUAGUUCUAUUAAAGUCAAUGGAGCCAAGCUGUAAUACCACACACAACCUGAACACAGGUGUGAUGCUGUUUUGAGAAGAAACUUGCUGUUUUUUUAUUCCUGGAAUAACCCCUUUAGUGUUUGUUUUUUGUUUUGUUUUUUAUCCUGAUUAAUUUUAUUUUAGGAUUGCAGUAUUGAUGUAUGUGACAAGUGCCUUGAGAUUAAACUUUUUGUUUAGCAACUGUCAAAGACUACCUUCUGCUUUAAUAUAUCUCAUAUAUUACGGGCAGAGUGCUAGGGUCCUCCUUUAUAGAGACAUUUAUUUUCUCAUUGUAAAUAUGUAUAUAUUGAAGGAAUCGCUCUGUAUAUUUGAUUUAUUAACAAUAUUUCAGAAUUUCUUCUGUUGUCAUGCCAUUCCUUUUUAACUUAUGUUUCAGAAGGGAGGUUUUAUUAUUAUUUUUUAUUUUAUUUUUUUUAUGUCCAGAUUCUGUAAGGAAGGGUAAAACCUAACUUCACGUAAAACUUAAGGAUAUGUUCACACUGAACAACUGCGCAGAUUCGCACAGAUUUGAAAAAGGUGUUGCUUAGCCCUAUUACAUGGGGUUAAUCUGCAAUAUCCGAGCUGCAACUCCAUAGUAGAGAUUUGUUGUCGGAGCAUGCCCUAAAACGUCUGCAUUUAAAAGGAAUACAGAA